GUACUACAACAGAAAACUCAAAUUUAUUGGAGUGAGCGAAGUAAAAUUUGAUUGUUUUUAUAACAUAAUUUUGGUAAACUGUUGAUAUAAAAUUAGUGAUUUGAAAAUUCUACUGAUAAGAAAACUUUUAAUGAGAGCUGUCUGAUUAUUACCUAUAUUCUCUUUGACGGCACUGGUUUUUUAAUUUCGAAAGCAGUCUCCAAUAGCAGCCAACACCAUCUAAUAACCUCGGAGCAAACUAAGAACUUCCUGAUCUCUACUGCCUCAAUAAUUAUGAUCAGCUGCUGUAUAUUGAAUAUUGAUAGUGGCUGAAAUACCCGAUCAUCAAAAUGGAGUCUGACAUAAAGGUAGCAGCUAGGAUUCGGCCACCAAUCCAGUUGGGCCAUUCACGUGAAGAUGUGUGUCUCUAUGCGCUGCCUCAAACCAGCGAGAUCCUGCUUGCCAACCAGAUGUCAUUCUACGUGGACUAUGCCCUGCCAAUGGACUGUGACCAGAGUCAAGUGUUCGAUGCUGUCAUCCAGAAACGAGUGGAUCACAUGCUCCAGGGCUACGAUGUGUCUUUCGUCGCCUACGGCAAUGCCAACUCGGGCAAGACUUACACAAUAUUGGGACCAAGUCUGCACUGUGCACUCAGUGAGACGAAGUACGGCAUUCUUCCCAGAGCUGCUCGCGAAAUAUUCAAUAAACUUUUAACCUUCCGCCAACAUUAUGGUAUCCAGUUUAGUGUGAGUAUCAGUUUCGUUGAGAUUUUCAAUGAAGAAAUGAGAGAUCUCUUAAGUACUAGUCAGUGUAAUAAUAACGUCAAUUUGUAUUUUAAAACCGAUGAAAAAGGUCUGACCACUCUUGCAGGAGUUGAAGAGAUUGUUUGCCAAAAUGUGUGUGAUCUGUUCAACUGUAUUCGGACUGGAAUGAAUGCACGACAAACUGCUAGAACGUACAAAAACCCGGCCUCUAGUUUGUCUCAUUGUGUUGUUGUGAUAAAAGUGAAACAGAAGCGGUUCUCAAACCGUGGUCGAACUGAAGUGAGGUCAUCCCAGGCCCUAUUUGUCGAUCUGGCAGGUAGUGAACAGAUGUAUGUGAUGAGCCCCACUGGCCCAAUGCAAACCACACAACAAACAGUCACCAAUGCUGGAUUGGGUGUGAUAUCAUCCAUCAUUGCUUCGUUGUCUGGCCAAUGGCUGCCCUCCUCACCUUUCACUCAAUCUUUAUUGUUCCCCAUUCUCAAAGACUCAUUCAACGGCACUAUGAAAACUCUUCUGCUGUGUUGUCUUUCGCCAGCAUCAGCUGAUUACAGUGAAACUCUCAACAGUCUACGCCUCAUUGAUCAUAUCCACAUGCUAAACAAGUACACCUUUGUGAGAGACGAUAUAGCAUCAUCCAACUGUAGGAACGAUAACAAUGUGUUGAGGUCAGACUCUUUCGGUCUUGAAUUUGCAGCAUCCCAGUGGCUCAAGUUGGUUUCCAAUGCUGAAGGAUUGUUCAACAAGCUAGUCAACAAUGAUAACCAAAUGCCGGAAGGAACGAGGGAACAGAUUGAAGAGUGGCUGUGCCUGAAGCAGGAAUGUGAAGAGUGUAUUGUGACCGAGGAGAGCAAGACUAGCAGUCAUCAGAGGUUCGCGGGCAAGUCGCUGGAGAGAAUUGAAGAGGUCACCGAAACAGACACAAAAAGCCAGUCUGACUCCGGCAAUUCUACGAGCUCCUUGGAUUCAGAUGAAGACAAUGUAAGCGAAAGCAAAUGUAUUGAUGAGCAGGACGAACCAGAAGAUCAGAAUGAAGAGUUCGAUGAAGAUGACAUCUUUGACUUUGAAGAUGCUACAGAGAAUGACGAUUUGGGUGAAUCUAGUAGUUGCGCGAAUAAAAUUGGCCUACCUCCUGUAACUCUCUCUGAUAAUCUACUAGUAAAAUUGGAAGCUUCCUUCACCAAGUUCAAAAAUAUGACUGAUGAAUUGGUUGUGGAACAAAUGAAGAACAACUGUAGCAAGCAAGUUACUAAGGAACCGGAAUCGAAAAAAAUACCAGACCAAUCCUAUAUGUCUGCUAGAAGGAAAAGUAUAUUACCUGGUGAGAUUUCUGCUGGUUUAUUGUCUGGUUUGCCAUCUCAUAUACAAUCUAAUGCUAUCCUUGAACAUGAAGAGUUGACUGAUUUGUCUGAUGGAGAUAAUGCUAUAACUAAUUCGGGUGUUGAGAAACAGGAAGUGGUUGUUAGAGGAAAACUUGAAAAAGAGAUGAGUUUAGAACUUGGGGUGGGAAAAGAUCUCGAAAAAUCGAAAAGUAGUCGAGGAUUUGGAACAGAAAGCGAGAAUGAUGAAAGGUUUAAGUGGAUUGCAGAGGAGGAAGCAAGGUUACAACGUCUGCAAGAGUCGUCUCAAAAACUCCAAGAACAGCUGGAUAUAAAGCAGGAAUCGCUUGAAAAGCGGGAACAGUUUCUAAAGGAGAAACUUUCUCAAGAGAAACUGUCACAGGAUAAGAUAGCUAACGCAAAUAUGUUAUUGGGUAGUGAUAGAUUUUCACAUUUGGAACAAGUUUUGAAAAAUAAAUCUUCAAGUUUUGAGGAGACUGCUGUUGAUGCCAAAGAAGUGCUCAGGCACGAAAUUAGGAAUCUGAGGAAAACAAAGGACUAUCUCAUGGAGAAGAGGAGGAAUUUGGAUUCGAAGUUUAAUAAGGAUAAAGUUUUGACACAGUUGGAAGAGAGAAAGUUUAUCGAGUGUGAUGAAGCAAUUGAAGCGAUCGACGCUACGAUUGAGUACAAGAACGAGGUGAUGUGUGGAGGAAGCUGUGAACUGACGUCGGGAGAGAGAGAGAAGGGGGAAGAGAUGCUACUUGCACGCGUCAUGAAAUUGUCCUUGAUGGAAACGAAAUCUCUGUUGUGCAAGUAUUUCAACAAGGUGGUGGAUCUUCGCGAGAGUGGACGUAAGCUGGAGACCCAGAUCGCGGAAAUGGACCGGCAAUCGGCGGCGCAGGCGUGGAAGAUCCAGGAGUUGAGUCACACAUUGAAGCAGGCGAGGUUGGAGUAUGAGAAGAGGCUGAUUGCGGCGCAGAAAGACCACCAGGAGAAGAUUCAUUUGUUGUUCAGGCACUACGCCGACGAGCUGAGCAGUGUGAACUCGGGUGCAGACGAGUCGGACCGCUGUUGCCGGCAGAACAAGGCUCUCAAGCAGCGGUUGCAGGAGUUGGAUGCGAUUUACAGGGGCGGUCGCGGCGGAGGGGCUAGCUCGUCGUCGCCCGUUUACAGGGGUGGUCGAGGCGGUGGGGCUAGCUCGUCUCCCGCCUCCCAUCACAACGUGCCGGCUCGGCUGGACGAGACGCGUCCCUCUGAGAAUGGCGCCCUAGUCGCCUGUCAGCAGCCCAGUAUUCCUCAACACAAUCUCAAGCGGCUGCAGGGAUCGGCUAGCAGCUCCUCUACCAACACCAAGGUCACUGUCUUCAAGAACAAGCUCGUCAUUCAAAAGCAGGAUAAGGACAAGAAGAAACAAGCCAAGUGAUUCUAGUAGAGUAGUACGUAUGUAUGCUCACCAAUUUUAUUACUUCUAUACCUAAUAUAUUCUGUAAAUACUACAUCAGUCGCUGUUUUUAAGAAAAAGCUCUCCAUUCAACAGCAAGACAUCAACAAGAAGAAACAAAGUGAGUGAUUCAAGUAGAUUAGGCAGUAUGUUUUAUCAAUAGGGGUAUUCACAAUGUUGUUUUAGCCAGCUAAAGUGCUAUUUGCUAACUCUGGAUUGUGAACGCCCCAUCUAAAGCCAUCUGCUAUUAGCUAACUGCAAUAGAGUUCCAAGCGGAUAAUUUGUGUAACUCAAAGAUUAUAACCUCAUUUUUG